GCGGCAGGUGGCUCCCGCGCCAGUGCUGCCCCGGCCUGCGCACGCGACGCACCGCAGCGCGGGAAACAACCGACCAAUCACGUCCAUUUCUAAACGCUGCGUUCGAAAUUACGAUUCUGACAGUUCUAUGCAAAAAGGUCGCGUGCAUCAGUUUUCUUUUUAAAAAGAAGUUUCUCGUUUGCCGCCAAAACUGUGUCGAUCUGAUUUUGUGUUAGAAAAGUGAGUGUGAGGAAAAUAGUGUUUUCUGUGCGUUUUUCUUUUGUUGUUGGAAUUGCUAAGGGCUCCGUUCUACGGUUUUUUGGUAGCUGAACUAGUGGUGAGAAGCCACAUCACUAUGAAGAUGAGAAUACAUUAUCACUGAAGAUUCUUCAGCACAAGACACACGUAUGAAGUUACCAUGGAAGCAUCAUCAUCGUCAGAAUACAGCGACGAGGAGGUGGAAGUGCUGGCGCGGGGCCAGCGGCUGUGGGUGCGCGGCGUGCGGCCCGCCACCACCUGCGCCGACGUGGUCAGAGCCCUGCAGGGCGCUCCGGAAGCAGGCGGCAGCGUAGUGGAAGGAGAGUGGGUGCUGGCCGAGCGAUGGCGAGGCGUGGAGCGCCCCCUGCCGCCCGACGUGCCCGUGCUGGAUGUGCUGGCGGCGUGGGGCGACGCUCGGCAUGAGGUCCGCCUAUCCCUGCGGCGUUUAUCCAGCGGCGGCGAAGACGACAGCGGCCGCGACAGUGACGCGGGCUCCCGCACCCGCCGGCGGCGCCGCCGAGGCCUCCGCACCUCCACCCCUCCCCCGCCCACCAAGGAUCCAGCAGCCAGGCUGGUGUCCGUGAUACAGCACCAGACCAGAACUAUACACCAACAGCUGGAUAAGCUGAGCCAUUUCGUUUCCAGGGAACAGGAGAAGAUGAUUGACCAGCUGGAGGACCAAACGCAUAAGAGCCGAAUGGAAAAACACGGGACCAACUACCUCCUGGAAUCGUACCUUCGAGACUUGGGACGAGCCAACGAGGUCCAGGACAGCCAAGCUGGCAACAGCGACAGCGGAGUCGGCGUCGGCAGCGGCACGCCUCCCAGGAGACACACCAAACACAAAUCAAGAAGAGAACGACAUCUCAUGAGGGAACACUACUUCACUAAGGAACUCACCGACAUAUGCCAAGUCAACUCCGAAAGGCUCAUGCAGGCCCCGACAGACACGGAUUCCGAAGCGUCCACCGACGAGCUAGCCAGAAUAAGAGAAGAGAUCGAAAUGCUGGAGAAACUCGCAAUCAUAAACAAAAGACUACACAGAGAGGAAGAACUGGUUGUGAGACUGACGGCAAAAGUGAAACGAUAUAUGGACGAGAACAAAGCAAACAGUUGCGAGAACGUAUCUCAAGUGACAAUGCUGAUAGACAAGAUAGAGCAGGAGUUAGAAAUGUCUGCGAAAGAGAUGAAAGACAACGCGGAAGAAAUAUCCAAGUCUGAUCAAGAGAUUGAACUCCGGCUAAAGUUACUGGAAGAGUUGACGCUAGAGUUUGAACAGGAGGAGUUGCAACAUGUAGUUCUGGAAAAGCAACUGAAUGAAACGUCUAGUAGACAACCGAUAGCUCUGCAAGACAGUUAUGUACCCAUAUUAGAGCCAGAAAACUCAGUUUUAUCCCCCGAGCCAGUAUUUCAGUACAGCGGUUCAACUUAUGUUUUAGACACUCUUGUAUGACACAUUUUUAACCCGAAAGCAAAUUUGAAUCCAAAGAGUUUAUAUACGAAAAUUACCAUGCGACUAAGAUUAAAUUUGAAAGACAAAAGUGUUCGACUGUUCGUGCAUGUUUUUUUCUUAGACUGAAUGCAUCUCACGAUUAUUUUGUAAGGCAAUCAUCAUCGAACUUAAAAUAAGCUAUACAGUUGACUGUAAAGCACAUAAUUAUUACCUAAUACUUUUAAACAUAAAUUUUAUAAUAUUAUAUUUAAUAUGUAUUACCAUAACGGUAUAUAUCACCUGCAAUUUAAACUAACUGGUGCUCUGUUUUAUAACUUUACGUGUAUAAUUUUAGCUUUACAUAGAUAGGUAUUAUAAUACUUAAUCAUUUUGAAAUCAUUAGUUUGAUACCAAAUAUGGAAUAUCAUACCACCAAGAUCCGUUUUUAAGUUAGGCCUAGUCAAAUUGCAUCUUCCAUUGUAAGUAUCAACAAUAUGUAAUUUUCCAAGCAAUUCAUGAAUAAAAAUAUUUAUUUGUUUUUAUAAAAGAAUGAUGAAUCUGAUUGGUAGAUAAAUCUGAUUGCAAUAAUUGAAGUGUAAAUAUAAAAUUUUCUUGGCAAAAUCUAAGUAUAAAAAAAUCUUGGUAGUGCCAAAGUUUGUACCUUAAUAAAUGUUUAAGAUACUAUCAAAACAUUACGUUACGUAUGUUAAAUUUUACAUAUUAUGUACCUACUUAAUCUUAAGAAAUGUUUUUAUAUGAAUGUACAGUAUAAAUAAUAAAAUAUAUGGUUUAAAUACUU